AUGGAAUCUAAGAAAAUUUGUAUGAGAGAGAAACGUGAAUGUAUACUUUGUGAUAAAGCAUUUAACCGGAACACUAAUCUUAUUCAACAUCAAAGAAUGCAUACUUUAGAGAAACCUUAUGAAUGUAAUGAAUGUGGAAAUGCUUUUAGUCAGAGCACUAACCUUAUUCAACAUCGAAGAGUCCAUGCUUGAGAGAAACCUUAUGAGUGUAAUGAAUGUGAAAAGGCCUUUAGUCAUAGUUCUUCCCUUAGAAAGCAUGAGAAAAUUCAUAGUGGAGAAAAACCCUAUCCUUGUAAUGAAUGUGGGAAGGCUUUCAGCCAUAUAUCAGCCCUUACUCAACAUCACAGAAUUCAUACUGGAAAGAAACCAUAUGCAUGUAUUGAAUGUGGAAAAACCUUCAGCUGUAGCACACAUCUCAUUGAACAUUGGGGAAUUCAUUCUGGGCAGAAAUCCUACAAGUGUAAGGAGUUUCAGAAAGUUUUUUUUUUUUGCCACAGCACAUCACUAAUUUGACAUCAGAGAACUCACACAGGAGAAAAACCCUAUUAAUGUAAUGAAUGUGGGAAAGCCGUUAGCCAUACCCCAGCCUUCAUCCAACAUCAGAGGAUUCAUACUUGAGAGAAACCUUAUGAGUGUAAUGAAUGUGGAAAGGCCUUCAACAAGAGUGCCCAUCUCACUCAAAACCAGAGAACUCAUACUGGAGAGAAACUGUACGUUUGUAAGGAAUGUGGAAAAACUUUCAGCCGAAGUACACUCCUUACUGAACAUCUAAAAAUUCAUUCUGGGGAGAAACCCUAUCGAUGUAAUGAAUGUCAAAAACUGUUUUGCUAUAGAACAUCACUAAUUUGACAUCAGAGAACUCACACAGGAGAGAAACUCUACCAGUGUAAUGAAUGUGGGAAAUCCUAUUUGAAGAUCACCCUUAUGAAACAUAAGUGAACACAUACCGGGGAGAAACCUUAUCAAUGUAAUCAGUGUGGUGAUGUUUUUUGUCAUAGUACGUCUUUAAUCUGACAUCAGAGAAUUCAUUUCAGAAGUGAAAUCCUAUCAGAGUAA